AGAAGAGAAACGCGUGGUCUUUGUUCGUCUAGUAGAACGGUCGAGUUUCUUUGUUGGACCGAAAGCAUGGGAGCGCAAUUCUCCAAGACCGCUGCAAAGGGCGAAGCCGUCGCCGAAAAACCGGGAGAGGCUGCGGCUUCAACUUCCAAGACAAAUGGGCAGGAAAACGGCCACGUGAAGGCGAACGGUGACGCCUCCCCUGCCGCGGAGGAGGCGGGCAAAGAGGAGGCGCAGGCCAACGGCAGCACCCCUGCGGACGAGGCCUCCAAAGAAGGGGCGGUGCAGGCCGAGGCAGCAGCGGAGGGCGGCGCGGAGGGCGACAAGGAGAGCGCUGAGGCCGGCGCCUCCGCCGAGGGCGAGGAUGCCGCCAAGGCCGAGGACGGCGCCUCGUCCUCCAACGGCAGCGACGGAGACAAGAAGAAAAAGAAGCGCUUCUCCUUCAAGAAGCCCUUCAAGCUCAGCGGCUUCUCCUUCAAGAAGACCAAGAAGGAAGGGGCGGAGGCGGAGGCGGAGGGCACCGAGGAGGCAGCGGCCGCUCAGGAGCCGGCGGAGGCUGCGGCAGCUGCCCCGGAGGCCAAACCCGAGGAGACCGCUGAAGAGAAGCCGGCCGCCGAGGAGACGGAGGCGGCCGCUGCUCCCGCAGCAGAGGAACCCGCCGCGGAAGCCAAAGCCCCCGAGCAGGAAGCGGCUCCGGCCGAGGAACCCGCCGCCUCCACACAGGAGUCCGCCGCCAGUCCGGAGGCCGCCCCCAGCGCGGAGUGAGCCCCGAACCAACCCGGAACGAAGCGAAGGAACCGAAAACGGAAAACGCGAUAAUCAAAGAACAGUUUCCCUGCUUGUACGUCGGCAUGGCGCCUGGUGCUGGUUUUUGAAAGUUUUUUUUCUACAACCAGGGAUAUUUUAAAAAGCUCUGUUUUGCCCCCUCUCCCCAAAUGAAAUCCUUAUCCAUUGUUACUACCAUUCCAGUAGGCGGAGACGAGGAUGGCGCAAAGGAGCAAGGGAGGAGUGAAAACAUGCAUCCACGAUCUGCCGUGUACCUUUUUACAUCAGUAUUAAAUGUUUUUGUGUGCAUAUUUUGGAUUUUUAUACAUGUAAACUUAACAAAGCGUACGGACGUGCCUACGGUUUAGAGGUGGGUGGAUAAAGGUGUAAAUGAAGUCUGGGUGGGGGCGGGGCAAUUGAGAGCGGCUCAUCUGGUGCCGGGAAAUGCGCCACAGACUGAUGGGAAAUGUAGUCUUAAAUGGGAAAUGAAGUCAUCCUUGUUAAGUGUUCCAUACGGUUUGACGCUGGGUCAUCGUUGCUAUGAGAGGACCAUACGAUUCCCUGAAAGAACUAGGUUUAGAAAGAAUUUAAAUUGUAGAAGCUUUUUUUCCACUUCUCAUUAGCUGUACCCUUCAGUGAUUCUGUAGAAAUACAAGUUGUAUAGGCAUUUGUUCAUUGCUGGUUUUAUGACCUUAAUAAAGUGCAAGUACAAGUAUGUAUGACCGGCAGGUUGUUUUUAACUGUGACAAUUGUACAAAUCUUGAUCUCAAGCACAUGAAGAUUGCAGCUGUCUCCACCUCAUUUAUAUAGGUAACAAAAAUCACAUCAUCAUGGAAGAUCUUUGAUGCAAUUAUCUCAAACCAAACUGUGAUAUGUGGAACAGUCUGUUUCUAUACUAUGUUUUAACUACAAACGAUACUUACAAUUUGAGGAACAUGCAUUGCUUGUGUAGCAUUUUUUUUUUUUGUAAAUACCAGAGAUGCGUUGACCAAUUUGACUUAGAGUUGGAAUGUAACUUUGCUUACAAAAUUGCUAUUAAACUCAUGCUGAAGGUGUUCG